CUUUGUUUCUUUCAUGCUUUGCUUUCGUGUGCGGUGAAAAUAAUUUUCUAAUUUAUGAUUAACCUUUUUAAAAGUAAAUUAGUGAAUUAUUAAAAUGCCGGAAAUAAUAUACGACGAUGAACAAUACAUCGAGAAGCCUCCUUUCGUGCCUCCGAUAAUACAGGAGAAUUUAGCCGGAUGGGGCCCUUGUGAAAUGCCGGAGCAGUUCAAAGAUAUGCCAUAUCAGCCAUUCUCCAAAGGAGAUAGAUUGGGAAAAAUAUCGGACUGGACCGGGCUUGCGUUUCAAGAUAAGAAAUACUCCAAUAAAUAUCAAUCUCAGUUCGGUGCUGGUAGCCAGUAUGCUUACUAUCACGAAGAAGAUGAAAGUAGUUUCCAUCUUGUGGAUACUACUCGUGUCCAAAAACCACCCUAUCAAAGAGGUCGUUUCCGUCAGAACAAUCGUGGUAUGAGAAAUCGUCUGGGACAACGCGGUAUGGCUCAGUCUAACUUCCAGAUGCUUAAUAAAGGAUCGAAGAGUCGUGAUAACAGGGGCAAAGGUCAGCAAGUUAUCAAGCGUUGGAACAGACAGCAAAGUCUGCGUUCGCAGAAGAACGUUACUCAAGUGAAAAAUCGCGACGCUUCGGUGACGGUGAAAAACGAUUGGGUUAUGAUCGAAGAAAUCGAUUUCGCUCGGUUUUCUAAGCUUUCGUUACCCAGUGUCAAAGAACCCGAAGAUUUGAUGUGCUGCGGUUCUCUCGAGUACUACGAUAAGACGUACGAUCGUAUCAACGUCAAGAAUGAGAAACCGUUGCAAAGAAUCGAGCGUGUUUUCCAUACAGUUUCCGCGUCUGAUGAUCCACUCAUGAGAAAAUUCUCCAAAACUGUAGGAAACGUUUACGCUACCGAUUCGGUACUUGCUACUUUGAUGUGCUGUACACGAUCGUAUUAUUCUUGGGAUAUCGUUAUCGAAAAAGUCGACGGAAAAUUAUUCUUCGAUAAACGUGACAACACCGAAUUUGAUUUAUUGACGGUGAACGAAACCGCCAUCGAACCUCCCCAGGAAGACCCAACUGGCUUGAAUUCGCCGAAAAAUCUAUCUUUGGAAGCCACCUUCAUCAAUCACAACUUCUCUCAGCAAGUGUUGAAAUCUGGCGAAGCUCCGUACAAAUUUGAACACGAAAAUCCAUUUGCUUCCGAAGAAGAUCCGGCUGAAGUUGCCUCCGUUGCGUAUCGUUAUCGUAAAUGGGAUCUUGACAACGGAAUAAUUUUAGUUUGUCGUUGCGAGUUGGACGGUGUCUUACUUACUCCGAACGCCGAACACCAGUUUCUUACGAUAAAAGCUCUAAACGAAUGGGAUUCUAAGCUUUCCGGUGGUGUAGAUUGGCGUCAAAAAUUGGAUGUUCAAAGAGGAGGAGUAUUAGCCACCGAAUUGAGAAAUAAUUCUUGUAAAUUAGCCAAAUGGACCGUGCAAGCUUUAUUAGCCGGAUCUGAUCAAAUUAAAUUCGGUUAUGUGAGUCGUGCUAACGUUCGUGAUUCAUCGAAACACGUCAUUCUUGGUACCCAACAAUACAAACCUUCGGAAUUCGCCACCCAAAUCACCCUUAAUAUGGAUAAUGCUUGGGGUAUUCUUCGUUGCAUCAUCGAUUUAUGCAUGAAGCAGAAAGAUGGCAAAUAUUUGAUCAUGAAGGACCCGAAUAAGCCAUUGAUCAGAUUAUUCGACAUUCCCGAUAACACUUUCGAUGCGAACAACGACGAUGAUGAGGAUGAAGACGAAGAAGACGAGGAAGAAGCUGGAGCAGAAGAAGAAAGUGGUAACAUGGAGACUAUCGUCGAAGUAAAGGAAGCAGCUUCGUGAAAAUGAGUUGAAAACAUCACGCUUUUGUUUUGUAAUCGAUAACCCAUAUUGGUGAAAUUUUUCAAAAUUUUUAUACCAACUUGAAAUUCAUCCAUAUUGUAGUUGCAAAUACGAUAUUGUUAAAUAUGUUUGUGAUUCACACCGAAAGUUAUUUUGUCAAUAAAGUAUGUAUUUUCGCUACACAGA